AUGUUCUCGCUGUCCAUGAUGGUGGGGCUGGUCCCAAUAGUGUCUCUGUUUGGUUUGUUCUACUCUGCUGCGGUGGAUGAGAACUUCCCUCAAGGCUGCACCAGCAGCAACAGUCUGUGUUUCUACAGCCUGCUGCUCCCGGUCACCAUCCCUGUGUACGUCUUCUUCCACCUCUGGAGCUGGAUGGGGAUCAAACUUUUUAGACACAACUAGGUUGUUCUGAUUCUGUUCUGUUAAAGGAAAAAUCAGCCUUAAAUUAAUUUGACAAAAGGUGAAAACAGAAUGGUUUGACAUCACAUCAGCACAUGACGAGGACAGCUACAGUGGAGUUUAUUAGCAGUAAAUGUUACUUUCUCUGCAAGCACUAGAUUGACAUCCUGCAGGAAUACACAUUUUGAAUGAGAUACCAAGGAUACAGACUCAUUGUAUUAUGAGGCAUAACUACACAGGGCAGUUUGAAGGAAACUGAAUGCGACAAAAAUCUAAUGCAACUCUUUCUGUUAAAACAGAUCAGUUUUAACCGUAACCAUGGGUGGAUUUUAACUGGUUGCUACAUUUUAAGGUGGAGGGCAGCUGUGUGUAAUAACUGGGGCUAAUAUAUUUAUUUUUUCCCCUUUUGAAUAGUGGUUAUCUGGUUGCUUUAAGUACAGCGUGCUAAUGUGUUGUAGUCAUACCAGCUAAAAAAACAAGCCCUGUAGACAAGUUUUGGUUGCUUCACUGUUAUGCUCUGAGUCGUCUUGUGUUAAUUCCAACCCUUAAUGUAGUUCACAUUUUUGAGCAGAAAUGGAAGGUUAACUAACUGUUUAUGACAUGACUAAUUCCAUGUGUACAUUGCUAUGGAGGUGAAAUGAAUAAAAAGAAUAGUAAACAACUUAA